AUGAGCAAUUCCCUCAGAGAUAGAUUUGAUCAGGAUCAUAGAUAUGGAGUAUCAUACGAUUCUACAUCCCUCCCUCUACGAUCUUUCACUUUCCCACUGGACUCCACUUCCACUAUUCAACGUCAAACGAGAGGAUCACAAAGAAGAAGACCACAACUUAAUUAUCGUCAAUCGGGACGAACUUAUGAGACAGAUCAAACGGAUUUGACAGAAAACCCUAUACCAAGAUCUUAUGGUAAACGUCCGAGUCUCUCAUAUGAUGUUGAAGAUGAUGAUUUUCCUGACAUAUCUAAACUUGAGAUUUCCGUUCCUAGAACCAUGAAACUCUCAGCAGAUGUUACUUUAUUGAUAGAUCUUCGAGAACGGACUGCUCAGACUACCUUUUUGGCUAAAGGUGAAUGGGGUUUCGGAACAGGUAUCAGAAAGAUUGAUUAUAAUGAUACACUUAAUGAUGCUCAGUGGAGGGCUUUAUGUCGAGAUUGGGAUCCGACGGGGGAUAAGUUGUUUGGAAUGACUGGUACUGCGGAAGGAGAAGUGGAUAUGAAGACUAAGAGAGGAAACUUGACUGCUGAUAUGGGUGAGUAUGGUACACAUCGUUGUCAACUUGAUUUGAAUGGAGAAUCAUUAGGAGAUGUAAAGUGGAUUGUUAGGAACAAGUAA